CAAUGAGGGAUCCUACCUUAUAGUUUUGAAACUAGACCUAAUGAAUGAAGAUUCUGUGUCUCUUUGAUAACUUUUACCAUGACCAUAAUAUUUUUACAGGCAAUCAGAGCCAACUGGCAUUUCUCGAGUCUGAUGAUGAGUUUUCAUUCAAACUUCGGUUUGGUGUUUUUUACAGUGUAAAUUGCAUCAAGUUGUUUGAUGCUAAAUGGAAAAUGUGGUUAGAUUUUGAUUGCAAUGCAGUUGAAAGUUGCUGUUACCCCACAGCCUCGUCAUAUUUUUAUGUAGUAAUGGGAGCUUCUCCAGUUCUACUUUUUCCAGGCACCACAAAUCAUUAUUACCAUAUAAUGCUCAUGCUUGAGGACUCUUUUGAGGAGCUGUAAUUGCCGCAUCUCGUUGCUCAUUCUAGCAGUUGGAUGUCAUCUCAUGCUCUGGCUGACUAAUUUCAGUUACCCUUGUAAUCAAGAGGAAAAAAAAAACCAUUAGAUCAACUCCUAUCAAAUUAUCAGGGCAUAUUUUUCUAAUCAUGAUCAAUUCUUUUUGAUCAAAUUUUGAGGCUUUUCUUACAUAUUAACAAAAAUCUCCCAAAUUAAACAGGAAAGCAAGCAAAAAUAAAAAUAUUAAAAGAAAAAAAAAGAUUAUAGGACGGGGACUGAGACACAAAGAUAAGAAUGUCGGUAAGGUUGUGAUAUCAUCCGUUCAAUUUCCUGGGACCUCCGUUUAGUGCUGGAUUUUCUCUGUGAUGGAUAAUCAUUUGCUGGAAGAUUGAUUUAGACGUCUUAUAAAUAGGUUUCCCUUCCCUGAGGACGGAAAUCGACGAGGGCAAUUUGUCUAGGUGUGCGUUUCUCAAUUAGGUCCUCGAUUAGGUACCCAAGUUUAAGAUCUCGAAAUUCUCUCUAUUAGGCAAAAUUUUUUUUCUUUUACAAUUUUAAACCCUGUUCCGCUUUCUCUGAUCACUCUGUCUAAAAGCAAAAAAAAUAUAGCGAAUGAAAUUUGAAUUAUUUUAUUCCAAGUGGCAUCCAUGCCCUCUCUUUCCGAAGUUGAAAGACGAAGAUGCCCCGGUACCGUACUCGUGUCCGUCGUUGCUGUCACUUAGACUGCGCCAUGCCAAAAAGGGUAUACCUUCAAUUACAACCAUCAAAGUAAGGGGCGUUCCGAGAAUCGAACUCGGGACCUCUCGCACCCAAAGCGAGAAUCAUACCACUAGACCAAACGCCCAGUCGGCAGUCGAGGGGAAAUUUUUA